AUGUAUUCUCACAAGAUGUUCAGGACCCAAGGUUUCCUGGCUAAGACACAAAAGCAGACUCAUCCCAUUCCCCAGUGGAUUUGGGUAAAACCUGGUAAUAAAAUCAGGAUCUACUCCAAGAUGAGACAUUGGAGAAGAACCGAGCUGGGUCCCUAA